AUGACUGAGAAGCAGCAUAUAUUCAAUACAACAGUAACAAGUCUUUCUCAAGACGUUGCAACAAUAGACCAAGGGACAGCAUCCACGGCCAGAGAUGUGGGUCUCAAGAUUACAAGCGUAAAAACAGAUAUACGGCGCAUCUCUGGUUUAGUAAAUGAAGUCACAUCAUUAACAGAAGCUGUGCAAGAACUUAAAAAUAAAGUCAAAAAAGUAGAAACCGCUACAGUAGAAAACAUAGGUGAUCUUCUCUCAAGCAGCAUUGACCGAACGGCAGCACUCCGAGAGACCGCAAGGGAAAAUUCCAGAAGAAUUGAUUCCGUCGCAAAGAGGCUAGCUGAGCUCCAGGGAGACUUUGACAAGCACACGGACAGAUUUUUAAGCUUAGAAAGUGACAGGGCUAAAGUUCUGAAGGCAGUGAGUUUUGCAAAUGAUCUGAAACCAAAGCUAUAUAAUCUGAAGAAGGACUUUUCACGUUUGGAGCCACUGGUAAAUGACUUAACGCUACGUGUCGGGAGGCUAGGCUCUGACUUAAUUCAAAGAGAGAAAGAAAUUGCUUUCUUGAAGGAAAAAAUCUCUAAUUUAACAGUAGUCCAAGCUGAACUUAAGGACAUUAAAGAUGAAAUAACACGUAUUUCAGGUUAG